AUGGCACACAAUCAUUCUUCUGAGCUUAAUGGUGCCCAAACCGGACCUGCGAAUCCCACAUCCCGGCCGCAGUCUCGAGACUCUGUAUCAACUGCGGGUGACGACCAAAACGCUGGCAAAGAUGCUUCUGGCGGACGAUCUGGUGUGUCCGUAGCGCAGGCAGAGGCAGACUUUGCAGAUUUGCAGAGGGAAUUCACCGGUGUUUCACGAGCUAGCCGUAGACACAGCAAUGUCAACAACGUUGAUCCCGAAAAAGCAGCCCAAGUAGACUCUGACGCUGCAGACGAUGAGUCCCUAUUCGACCUCGAAACUGCCCUGCGAGGCAAUCUUGCUGCCGGUGAAGCUGCCGGAAUCAAAGCCAAGCACAUUGGCGCCUGCUGGGAAGGAUUGACAGUCAAGGGCAUUGGUGGUACGGCAAACUACGUACAAACGUUUCCCAACGCAUUUGUCAACUUUUUCGACGUCAUCACCCCCGUUAUCAAUCUUUUAGGCUUGGGCAAGAAGCCUCGGGAGGUGACACUCCUCGACCGAUUUCAGGGUGUCUGCAAGCCGGGAGAAAUGGUUCUCGUCCUCGGAAAGCCAGGUUCCGGCUGCACCACAUUCCUCAAGGCUAUUGCUAACCAAAGACACGGCUACACCAGCGUGGACGGAGAUGUGUUUUACGGACCGUGGACAGCCAAGGAGUUCAACCGCUAUCGAGCCGAGGCCGUGUACAAUGCCGAAGACGACAUUCAUCACCCAACCCUGACGGUGGAACAAACCCUCGGAUUCGCCCUCGACACCAAAAUGCCCGCAAAGCGACCUGGAAACAUGACCAAGGUUGACUUCAAAGAGCAUGUGAUUUCUACGCUGCUCAAGAUGUUCAACAUUGAGCAUACGCGGAGGACCGUUGUCGGCGACCAUUUUGUCCGAGGCAUCUCUGGCGGAGAGCGGAAGCGAGUGUCCAUCGCAGAGAUGAUGAUCACCAAUGCGUGUAUCUUGUCUUGGGAUAACAGCACCCGCGGUCUUGACGCCAGUACCGCAUUGGACUUUACGAGAUCUCUGCGCAUUCAGACCAACCUGUACAAAACGACGACUUUUGUGUCCCUCUACCAGGCGUCGGAGAAUAUUUACAAGCUCUUCGACAAGGUCAUGGUCAUUGACGAGGGCAAGCAGGUAUUCUUUGGCCCUGUCAACGAAGCACGUAGUUACUUUGAGGGACUCGGAUUUGCACCUCGACCUCGACAAACCACGCCGGACUACUUGACCGGGUGUACCGACGAAUUCGAAAGACAAUACGCGCCAGGUCGUUCUGAAAGCAAUGCCCCCCAUAGCCCGGACACUCUCCUUGAAGCAUUCCGCAGCUCAUCCUACCAGAGGCAACUUGACACUGAGAUUGGAAACUACAAGGCCAAUCUAGAAAAGGAGAAGCACAAACACGACGAGUUCCAACUCGCAGUCAAGGAGAGCAAGCGCGGAACAUCCAAACGAUCAGUCUACCAAGUCGGUUUUCACCUACAAGUCUGGGCACUCAUGAAGCGCCAGUUCACGCUCAAGCUCCAAGACCGAUUCAACCUCACCCUCGCGUGGAUCCGAAGUAUCGUCAUCGCCAUCGUCCUCGGCACACUGUAUCUCAACCUGGAAAAAACGUCAGCCAGCGCAUUCAGCAAGGGCGGUCUCCUCUUCGUGGCGCUCCUGUUCAAUGCGUUCCAGGCGUUCUCCGAGCUGGCCGGCACGAUGCUGGGCAGAGCCAUCGUAAACAAGCACAAGGCGUUUGCUUUCCACCGGCCGUCGGCGCUUUGGAUCGGGCAGAUUAUCGUUGAUCAGGCGUUUGCCGCGACGGAAAUCAUGCUGUUUUCCAUUAUUGUCUACUUUAUGACGGGGCUGGUUAGAGAUGCGGGCGCAUUCUUCACCUUCUAUCUGCUCAUUCUGUCUGGAAAUAUUGCCAUGACCCUGUUCUUCCGAAUUAUUGGGUGUGUGAGCCCGGACUUUGACUACGCUAUCAAGUUUGCUGUCGUGGUGAUUUCGCUGUUUGUCACUACGUCUGGCUACAUUAUUCAGUAUCAGAGUGAAAAGGUGUGGCUGCGAUGGAUAUACUGGGUGAAUCCGCUUGGUCUCAUCUUCAGUUCACUCAUGCAGAAUGAGUUUCAACGAAUCGACAUGACGUGUACGGCGGACUCGUUGAUCCCCUCGGGCCCGGGAUACACCGAUAUCAACCACCAGGUUUGCACGCUUCCGGGCUCUAAUUCAGGCACGACGUUUGUUGCGGGACCAGAUUACAUUGCGCGAGGCUUCUCCUAUUUCCCCGGGGACUUGUGGCGAAAUUGGGGAAUCGUCUUCAGCAUCAUCGUUUUCUUCCUUAUUCUCAACGUUGUUCUCGGCGAGGUCGUCAAGUUUGGAAUGGGCGGCAACUCCUUCAAGGUAUACCAACGUCCUAACAAGGAGCGCAAAACCCUCAACGAGAAACUGCUGGAGAAGCGUGAGGCCCGACGCAAGGACAAGUCCAACGAAGAAGGAUCAGACCUCACCAUCAAGUCGGAAAGCAUCCUCACGUGGGAGAACCUCAACUACGACGUCCCCGUUCCCGGCGGCACGCGUCGCCUUCUCAACAACGUCUUCGGCUACGUCCGACCAGGAGAGUUGACCGCUCUCAUGGGUGCUUCAGGAGCCGGGAAAACAACCCUGCUCGAUGUCCUCGCCUCCCGUAAGAACAUUGGCGUCAUCACGGGUGACGUCCUCGUCGACGGCUUUAAACCCGGCAAGCAGUUUCAACGGUCGACCUCGUACGCCGAGCAGCUCGAUCUCCAUGAACCGACGCAGACGGUGCGUGAAGCCCUCCGAUUCUCCGCCGACCUUCGCCAACCGUACGAGACGCCCAUGUCCGAACGCCACGCCUACGUCGAGGAAAUCAUCGCCCUGCUGGAAAUGGAGCAAAUCGCAGACUGCAUCAUCGGCACAGCAGAGGCUGGCUUGACGGUCGAGCAGCGCAAACGAGUCACCAUUGGCGUUGAACUUGCUGCCAAGCCCGAACUGCUCCUGUUCCUCGACGAACCUACGUCCGGUCUCGACAGCCAGAGCGCGUUCAACAUUGUCCGCUUCCUCAAGAAACUUGCCGCUGCGGGCCAAGCCAUCCUCUGCACCAUCCAUCAGCCCAAUGCCGCGCUGUUCGAAAACUUUGACCGCCUCUUGCUCCUCCAACGGGGCGGUCGAACCGUCUACUUUGGCGACAUUGGCGAGGACGCUACCAUCCUGCGAUCCUAUCUGAAGCGUCAUGGUGCCGAGGCCGCUCCCACGGAUAACGUCGCCGAAUUCAUGCUCGAGGCCAUCGGUGCUGGUAGCUCACCACGAAUCGGUGAUCACGACUGGGCUGACAUCUGGGACGAGAGCCCCGAGCUAGAAUACGCGAAGAAGGCCAUUGUUGAAAUGAGAGAGAACCGCAAGGCCGUGGCUCAGCAUGCCAAUUCCGCCAUGGAAAAGGAAUACGCCUCCCCGACGCAUCACCAACUCAAAAUUGUUGUUCGCCGCAUGUUCCGUGCCUUUUGGCGCUCGCCAAACUACCUCUUCACCCGUCUGUUCAACCACUUCGCCGUCGCCUUCAUCUCCGGCCUCACGUACCUCAACCUCGACUCCUCCCGCUCCUCCCUCCAGUACACCGUGUUCGUCAUGUUCCAGGUCACGGUUCUGCCGGCCCUCAUCAUCAGCCAGGUAGAAGUCAUGUUCCACAUCAAGCGCGCCCUCUUCUUCCGCGAAGCCUCCUCCAAGAUGUACUCCCCUAUGACAUUUGCCACGGCCAUCACCGCCGCCGAGAUGCCCUACUCGAUCCUCUGCGCCGUCGUCUUCUUCGUCUGCCUGUACUUCAUGCCCGGGCUCGACGCCACGCCCUCCCGCGCAGGCUACCAGUUCCUCAUGGUUCUCAUCACUGAAGUCUUCGCCGUCACCAUGGGCCAGGGCCUCGCUUCUCUAACACCCUCGCCGCGAAUCUCCGCCCAGUUCGACCCCUUCAUCAUCAUCAUCUUCGCGCUCUUCUGUGGCGUCACUAUCCCCGCGCCCCAGAUGCCCGGCUUCUGGCGCGCUUGGCUCUACCAGCUCGAUCCUUUCACCCGUCUCAUCGGCGGCAUGGUCACCACCGCUCUGCAUGGGCUCCGUGUUGUGUGUACAUCCGCCGAGGUGAACCGCUUCGUUGCGCCUAGCAACAUGACCUGCGGGGAGUACAUGACGCCGUUUUUUGGCCGCGGCGCACCGGGAUAUCUGGUUAGUAAUGACACUCAGAAUUGCGAGUACUGCGCGUAUAGAGUCGGCGAUGAGUUUUACCAGCCGUUGAAUAUGUCGUUUGAUCACCGGUGGAGGGACUUGGGUAUUUAUAUUGCGUUCAUUGGGAGCAAUUUAAUCAUUCUUUUUACUGCGAGUCGAUUCUUGAAUUUCAACAGAAGAGACGUCAUCCGAUUACCUCGGCCUGACGAGUUUCCCUACCUUCACCUAACAUUACUCGGCAACAACUACCUCAUAAAAUCCAUCAACAUGUGCAUAGUUCUCUUCACCACAGCACACCCCGACUAUCCCCUCAUCCUCAUAGACAAUAGAGACGAGUUCAUUCUGCGCCCGACAUCACGUCCUCACUGGUGGACUCACCCAACCUCGGGUGAGCAGGUCCUGUCAUCACGAGAUCUCCAGCGCGCAGAAAAGGGCACAUGGCUCGGCAUAACGAAAUCCGGAGUCUUUGCCGUCCUAACCAACUUCCGCGAAGUCAAUGACCAUGAUGCGAGCCACCCCGUUCACGGCAGGAAAAGCCGCGGCGCCGUCGUGACCGCCUGGCUGGCUGGGCUGGGAGAUACCAUCAAAGACGGUGUGCAUCAUCUCGUCAAGGAUGACGGUGUGAAAGGAGUGGGCGGGUUCUCCCUCGUCUGCGGGAAACUGAGGAAGAAGGGCGCAGGCAUAGCCAUUGUGAGCAACAGGGCCGGACAUGCGGAUGAUGUUCCGGUUGUGGCUGAAGAGAGAGGCGAGACAUGGGGUUUGAGUAACACUACUUUUGAAGCGGAGGUUGCGUGGCCAAAGGUUGAAUUGGGCACCAAGAUGCUUCGGGAGACGGUGGAAAAGGCGGUUAGAGACAAGGAGAGCGAGGAGGACCUGGUGAGGGAUUUGUUUGGCGUAUUGGAUACGGAUACGUUUCCUGCCGUCACUCCUGGGAUGAGUUUUGCUGAAAUUACUGGUCUGCUACGACACACCAUUUUUGUGCCGGAGCUGGGGGACGAGGCUCACCAGGAGUCGAUGGACGCGGCGAGGGCCAAAGGGAAGGCAGAAUGGGCCAAGGACGAGAGUAAACUCAAGGCGGUGGAGGAGAUUCUGAUGGAGCAGCAGCCUGAAGUAAGUGCCCCAGCUGCGAACGGGUUCGAGACAGGCAUGUACGGCACGCAGAGACAGACGGUCAUGCUGGUCGACUGGGAUGGAAAUGUGAAGGUUAUAGAGAGGGCGUUGUGGGAUCGGAAUGGACAUAAGAUUGAGAGGGGGGAUGGUGAUGUUGUUUUUGAGUUUAAGAUUGAGGGUUGGGAUGAGUAA